CGAUUCUUUUUUUUAUCCUCUCCUAUUUGAGGGUAGUGAAUGGAAGGGGAGGGAAUAGCAUAGACGUUCAUCCAAGCCAUCUCUCUUUUUCACUCUCUUUUUUGCCGAGAGAAACGGAGAAGAAACAAGACAUUAUCGUUGUUACAAGGAUAGUUUCAGGUUGUCGAAGGAAGCUCAGAAUAUAAGGUAUGGUUCUUGAUAGCAUGAUAACUUCUCCUCACCGGAGAUCACCAUCUUUCCGGAAGCCAUUCCCACGGGAUGAGUUGGGUAGCUGGUCAACACUCCUUCGGCGACACCGUUUCCUCUUAACAGCCUUCGCUCUCUUGGCUUUCUUAUGCACAAUCUAUCUCUACUUCGCUGUUACCCUAGGGGCCACUGAAUCAUGUUCUGGACUGACAGGUACCAAAAAGACAUUAUGUCGUUUGGAGCUGGCAAAGGAUUCUGUAGGCAAUGGAAAACUCAAAUUUUUCUAGCACGGAUGACACAGUCAAUCGGUUCUUGGUAGUGUUUUCUCUGCCUCAUGCUUGAGCUCCUUAGUGACUUUGUAUACAUGAUGAUGUACCAGAAUUUGUCUUUAAAAUUUUUAAACACAUCCACUGAUAAUUCUUCAUUGUUUUUAUAACAAUUACACAGGUGAUUUCUUUUAUGGCUAAA